AUGGUACGCGAGCUCUCUGGCCUGCCGCUGGAGGUCCUGCAAGGCUGCAUCCUUGUCCCCUUCGGCACCCCGAGGGACGUGGCUCACCUCUUGGCUGCUUCGCGCGGUCUCCGCUCCCUUCGACGGGGGUACGUCUCCGGCGUCCUAGACCUCCUCUUCCAAGGCAAGCCCGGAGCAGGCAACGCCAUCCCCUGGAUACGCUCGCACCAUGGGGGCAAGGACAAGGAUAAGGAUAAGGACAAGGACAACAAACUCAAGGGGAACGGCGGCAGCGUUGACGAUGUUAGCGUGGUGGACUGGUUGUGCGGGUUGAGGGACACGAGCGCUACGGGGGCGUACAGCGCGUCGCUGGGGGAGACGCACUCCUUGCUUGUCACCCCCGGCGGACGCGCCCUCUCGGCCGGCAGCGGGAGGCACGGCGUCUUAGGAUCGAGCGGUAGGAUGAACCGCUUCCUUUUUACGGAGGUGGACUUAGGGUGGGGUCGGUUUCCAGGGCGUAUCCCUGUGGUGGCGGUGGCCUGCGGCCAGAGGCAUACGCUCAUCCUAACCGCCGUUGGCACCGUGCACUCAUGCGGGCUCGGCGACUACGGUCGCCUCGGGCAUGGCAACGAGGCCAGCCUGUCCCGCCCCACCCUCAUCGACUCCCUCGCAGGGGAGAGGAUCACCCAGGUAGCCGCCGGUGCAGCCCACUCCGUGGCGGUUUCCUGGAGCGGGAAGGCUUUCACCUGGGGGUGGGGAUACCAAGGCGUUCUCGGUCGGGGGGGCGACGACGACGUCUUGAAGCCGACCAGGGUGGCUAUCCCUCUCAUGGAUGUUUCCGGCGGUUCAAACGGCGGUGGCGAUGCGCGUGGCGGCGGUGUUGUUGCCGUCGAGGGCCAUGUGACCUGCGCGACGGCCGGGCGAUCGUGCACCGUACUCGGCACACGCCACGGUGUAGUCCUCUUCUCCGGGCUCAUGUCGACCAUGACAAGCAAUCAUUUUUGCGCGGUCUUCUCCGAGUUCGGCCGCUUGGGGGACGGGCUGCGGUGCUGGCGCGUUCAGUGCGAAUGCUUGCCGGCCACGGGUACAACUCUGGUGAUGGCGAUCGAUCCCGCCGGGCAAGUGUACGACGUGGAGCCCAGAAACGGGGUUGCUUUGGGUGGGAACAACAGCAGCAGGUACGGGAACCCGUCGAAACAAAGGGUACCGUUGUCGGCGGACUACGCCCCUUGCUCCUCAGUCAUCCUUUCGCCCUCCGACAACGAACGUGGCCAGUGCUGGUUGGAGACCGGGGGCGAGGUCGAGGAGUCCGGGUGGGGGAUGGACGUUUGUUUUGGCAUGGUUGGAGUGUCAAGGGAUGGGCGGCUGCUGUUUGACAGCGACGAGGACGAUGCCGGCAAGGACAGAAGCGUCGGGGUGGUUCAUGCGUCUGCCCGGAUCGGUAACAGCUGUGAGGUCAGCCACGGGCUAAGGCUGGAGGACGGCGGCACGUCCGUGCUCACCUGGGGGGACGGCAGGACGGGACAUCUCGGUCACGGAACCCCCGCCUUCGAGCCGAAACCGAAGGGGGUCACCACGGCGGUGGUUCUGGGGAGCGCCGCAAGCGGGGUUCGCUCCGCAAGCGUGAAUGUCUCCGUUGAUGACUCGUUGGGGGGAAGCAGCAGGGAGGUUGGCGGCAUGCAUAGCAGCGGCGGUGGUGGUGGUGAAGCAGGGUUUAGGGGUGUUCUAGCACUCGUUGACGCUGCGGCGGAUAGGCGGGAUGCGGCAGACGAUCGGGCCCUGGCCAAGGAGGAGGAGGAGGAGGAGGCGAAGAGGAGGAAGGUUAGCCACGCUGAUGGAAGAUGA